UGUUCAAUUUCAGUGACGUUAAUAUAAUAGAAAAACACGAAUAACCCAAAUAUUUGUUCAAACUCUCUCCAAAGAUCAAAAUCAUUCAUGGGUAUCAUCAAGCAAUCUACAUAAACCAACAUCUUUAUCGUCUUCUUCCUCUGUUCCCACCAGGUCCCGAAAUAAUCUUCAAGUCCAGGUGAACCAAAACUCACGUGUUCCCACCUUCGGCUUCUUCUGUGUCUUUUUCACUUUUCAUGGACCUGGCUUUGGAUCAAUCUUAGAGAGGCAUGGCCAGGAGCUUCCUUCAAAAUCUUCUGAAACCCUUCAAGAUCAGUUCCAGCAAAGAGGGACAGAAUUUGGAGGAUUUGGAAAAGAUAGCUGCACAAGAACAGAAGAUUUUCCCUUUUGAGACGUUGAUUUCUGCUACCAAAAAUUUUCACCCUGCUCACAAGCUCGGGGAAGGCGGCUUCGGACCAGUCUACAAGGGAAAAUUAGAUGAUGGGAGAGAAAUUGCAGUGAAAAAGUUGUCACAUAGCUCAAAGCAGGGAAGGACUGAGUUCUUUAAUGAGGCCAAGUUGUUGGCACGGGUCCAGCACCGCAAUGUUGUCAAUCUGCUGGGUUAUUGUGCACAUGGUUCGGAGAAACUGUUGGUCUACGAGUACGUCAUUAACGAGAGCCUUGACAAGUUUCUCUUCAGUAAAUCUAACAAUAAAGAUUUGGUUGAUUGGGAAGAGAGGUUUGAAAUAAUCAGUGGCAUUGCAAAGGGCUUGCUUUACCUCCACGAAGACUCGCAUAAUUGUAUUAUCCAUCGGGAUAUUAAAGCCAGCAAUAUUUUACUUGACGAGAAAUGGGUCCCUAAUAUUGCUGAUUUUGGAAUGGCCCGUCUUUUCCCAGAAGAUAAGACUCAUGUCAAUACACGUGUAGCUGGUACCAAUGGAUAUAUGGCACCGGAGUAUGUCAUGCACGGAUAUUUAUCUGUAAAGGCAGACAUUUUUAGCUUUGGCGUUUUGGUUCUGGAGUUGAUCAGUGGCCAGAGGAACUCAACCUUCAGUUUAAGUUUAGAAGCAACAAAUUUACUCGAUUGGACAUAUAAGCUUUAUAAGAAGGGCAGAAGCUUAGAGAUAAUGGACCCUGCAUUAGCUGCAUCGGAGUUUCCAGAAGAGCAAGUAGCAUUGUGUAUUCAAAUAGGUUUGUUAUGCACACAAGGUGAUCCUCAGUUACGGCCUGGAAUGCGUCGGGUAGUCGUAAUGCUGUCUAAGAAACCUGGCAGUUUGGAAGAACCAACACGGCCUGGAAUUCCAGGUUCCAGAUAUAGAAGGUCUCGUAGACCGGCAGCAAUGUCCUCAGCCAGAACAUCUGGGGAAUCGAGUUCUAACGCAUCGGAUUCGAGUCUGACUGUAAAUACUGCUACAGCUAGUGUUACAGCUACUGCUUCUACUUCAGCUCGUAAAAGUUCUCCUAUAUCAGACCCUUAUGGAAAACGACCAAUGCAGAUUUAGUUAGUAGUAUAGGAUAUUUUAGUUCUUUUAUUUUUUGUAUUAUAGAAUGGUGGGUAGUUUUUGCAUUAAGGAGCUUGUAAAUGAGAGGUGCAGGGGAACAACAAUUUUUUUUUCGUUAUAACUGAAAGAAAAGGCUUCUUUAAAAAUACCUUUUUUUCUGUUUA